GCUCCUCCCUCAUCAUGAAACCAAGAAGAAGUUGGAAGGAAGUCUGCUCCACGAGUUCGAGCUCGAGUUCACGCGUUUAAUGAAGAACUCAAGAAAGACAGAUUUGGUGCGUAAGUGUUAAUAUAAAGUAUAUUGACAUUUUAUCAACACUUGUUGAUAUUUAUUGGCUCAAAAAGCGCUGGACGUGAGGGCUGGUCAAAAACCCCCCAGAGAAUCUGUGAAAGCGAAAGUAAAAAAAAGUGCGCACAAGAAAAACAAAAGACAGAGCAAAUAGCGGACAGAAUGGCAGCCUCGCCGCAGUCAGAGGCGAUGUGCACCUGCCCCGUGUGCUGUGACAUAUUCACAGAGCCCGUGGUGCUGCUGUGCGGUCACAGCUUCUGUCAGGACUGUCUCAAAGAGUGGUGGAGGCAAAGCACACUGCAGACGUGCCCGGUCUGUAUGCAGGUGUUCCCCAUGGCGCAGCUUCCGCGCAAUUUGGCACUGAAAGACCUUUCUGACACGCUGAGACAAAAGAGGAGUCAGGGAGCAGCAGCAGCAGCGACGCUCAAAGAGGUUUGCAGUUUGCACGGUGAGCGAUUCAGGCUCUUCUGUCAGGACGAUCAGCAGCUCAUCUGUCUGGUCUGUAGAGACGCACAAAAGCACAAGACGCACACCUUCCUGCCCAUCAAUGAAGCUGCAGAAGAGCACAGGACCAAACUCUUGGUCGAGCUGAUGCAUUUAAAGAGCAAGCUGGGAUCGUUUAAAGAACAAAAGCUUGUCUGUGACGAAAUGUCCAGUCACGUCAAGUUCCAGGCUCAGCAGACUGAGAAGAAGAUCAAAGAGGACUUUCAGAAGCUCUACCAGUUCCUGAGAGCAGAGGAGGCUGCCAGGGUGGACGCAGUGAGGAAGGAGGCGGCGCUGAAGAGUGACGCACAGAACAUCAGGACCGUCAAUUUGACGGCAGAGAUCUCGUUACUUACAGACAAAAUCCAAACCAUAGAACGAGAGCUAAAAACCGAGGACUUUUCUUUCAUGCUGAAUGUGAAAUCCACUCUGGAGCGGUCACAGUGCAAACUGCCCGUGCCAGAGACUCCAUCGGGAGCCCUGGUUGAUGAGGGCAAGCAUUUGGGGAACCUGCUGUUCACAGUUUGGAUGAAGAUGAAGCACUUGGCCAAAUACAGCCCUGUAACGCUGGACCCAAACACCAGUGGUGAACAACUGAUUUUAUCUGAGAAUUUGACGUGUUUAUCGGAGAGUGCGAAAUCGCUGCGGCUUCCUAGCAACCCGGAGAGGUGCGGUUGCUGCAUUGUUCUCGGCCGUGAGAGCUUUAGCUCUGGGAUACACAGCUGGGAUGCUGAAGUGGAAGGUUUUUGGGCUCUGGGUGUGGCUGCUAGAACCAAGGAACAAUCCGUCGAAAUGACGUGGGGAAUUUAUGCGUAUGGACCUGAAGAUGUGAUAGAACUUAAUACUGAGAAGCACGUGGUAAGGCAAAGAGAAUUGUUACCGAAAAAGAUGAGAGUGCAGCUUGAUUAUGACAAAGGAAUACUGUCAUUUUUUGACCUUGAAAGGAAAGUAUUCAUACACCUGAUCAAACAUAGAUUCACAGGCCCAGUCUUUCCAUAUUUCCGGGCAACUGUGAAAAUCCUUCCAACUGAGGUGUCCAUGACAAAAACAAAAAUGACUAGUACCGUGCACGGUUCUGAACCGGUUCAAGCCGAAGCUGUUCAAGCAUUAGCAGCUUUACGUGUAGCAGCCAGAACUGCUUUGGCUCGAACUGGUGCCACGCCUCCUCGCCUUGGAGUUUAUUCGGACAUACGCGAAGGUUCCCUGUAGCAUCAAAAACUAUAAAUGUAAUUCUGUUUGCUGUCACCAGGGGGCGCUGUAUUUGAAAAUGAAUAUUUUCAUAUAGACGUCUUUAGGGCCGGACUAUCAUCAAUCCUAGGAAGUUUGGUUCAGGUCGGACCAGGAUUCUCAAAAUUGUAGCAGUUAGUUUUUUUGUCGCAAAAACCCGACUUUGCAUCAUUGCCAUGGCAACACCAUUAAACUAUUUGUCAUAUUCAGCACA